CCUGAUUUAUGAUUUAUGGCUGAAAGUUACUUUUUACGCCAGAUUUAUAAACUGGUCUUUCUUUAAGUAAUACCGGCUUUGUACACCAAGCAAGACAGUAAAUUUAUUGUCUAUGAAUUGUUACCUUGAAAAAAUUACAUCAAUGCAAAGUGAUUGCCUUUUAGCCUCUAUAGCCAAUAAAUUUAUUUAUUUUUUUGAGAGCAAUGAUAUUUGUGAGGUCACAGAAUAAUAUAUAACGGGUGAUCUCAGACUGAAAAGGAGCAAGUUGGAAGCUCUGGACAACAGAAGCCAAGGAGGAAGACUUACAUCUUGCUCCAGUCAUGUAUAAGCUAGCCUCGCUCUGCUUGCUUUUCAUAGGUCUCUUAAAUCCUUUCCUAUCUUUUCCUGUCACUGACUCCAGGGAGAUGUCCCCUCAGCUCUCAGCUGAUGACGAUGCAAGAUUAACUUUGGAUGAGCUGGAGAGAGCUUCCCUUCUGCAGAUAUUGCCAGAGAUACUGAGCGCAAAGAGAGACGGUGGUCUUGAGAAAGCAGGUAAAACGAUUCUUGUGUUUUGCAGGUCGUCUGGUUUUAUUGCUCUUGAAUUUACCUUUUAUACCCACCUACUAGAUGAGGUGAAACCCUAUCUUGGAAGAUCCUACUACCAACACUUUCAACCCAAGAGGAAGUAUGAGAAAGACGCUAAGGUUUUAUUGAGUCAUCUUUUGGCCAGAACCAGGAAAGAGCGUAAGAAACAUGAGGCUCCCUCUGAAUGCUUCUGGAAAUACUGUGUGAUGCGAAAUGCAUGUCUGCUGGUUAACUACAAUCAUCUUAGAAAUUAA